CCAUCCAGCAGUUCCCGCGGCCGCUGAUGGGGCCUGCCGCGCGCAAGGACGGCGGCCUCAUCCUGCACAUCAUCGUCGCCGUUUAUACCUUCCUGGGGCUCGCCAUUGUCUGCGACGACUACUUCGUCUCCUCGCUAGACCGCAUCUGCGAGGAGCUGAAGCUGUCCCCCGAUGUAGCGGGUGCCACCUUCAUGGCCGCCGGGUCAUCUGCGCCAGAGCUGGCCACUGUCGUCAUCGGUGUCUUCUUCGCCAAAGACGACAUCGGUGUUUCGGGCGUGAUCGGCUCGGCCGUCUUCAACAUCAUGUUCGUGAUCUCGGUGUGUGCGCUGUGCGCCGGCGCCACGCUGCACCUCAACUGGUACCCCAUGGUGCGCGACUGCAUUUUCUACUCUCUCGCCAUCCUCAUGAUGCUCGUCUCCAUCUACAAUGAAAGCAUUACCUGGAUCGAGUCCUUCACGAUGCUGGUGAUGUAUGGCGCAUACUGUGUGGUGCUGCACUACAAUGCACGACUGGAGCGCUGGGCCCAGACACUGCCAGUACCCUGUCGUGUGCAGGCUCCAGAAGAGGAGUCUGCACUCGUAUCUUACCGACAUCUAGAGGAGGAUCGCUCUCGCCGACCAUCUUACACCAGCCCACAGCAGUCAAUGGACAAGCAGCAACUGAGCUUCAGUACAACGAAUCAGGGACAGUCACCAAUUCAGCAAGAGUACUCGACUGACAUGGAGAAAGGACCAGCUCCACAGCAGCAGGAGCUGCAGCAGCCAACAGGAGGGCCACCACCUGUACCUCCACCUCCAGCAGCAAUCCCACCAACCACUGACUACUACAAACCUAAGGACUACAAUGUUCCUGAUGUUUCUCCAUUAGUUAUGCCUACUGAUGCAGGAAUGUGGGAAAAGAUUUCUUGGGGAGUAACUUUACCCAUCCAUGCAUUCUGUCGCGCAACCAUGCCAGACUGCAGGAAAGAGAAAUGGCGUCACUGGUACCCUUUUACAUUCCUCGUGUCAAUGGUUUGGAUCUCAUUUUACUCUUACAUAAUGGUCUGGAUGAUCACAAUUAUAGGUAGUACACUGGGGAUACCAGACACAGUGAUGGGUCUGACUUUCAUGGCAGCUGGCGUUAGUGUCCCUGAUGCACUCUCCAGCUUGGCAGUUGUCAAAGAAGGGUAUGGUGAUAUGGCAGUUUCAAAUGCAGUGGGCAGUAAUGUGUUUGAUAUACUGAUCUGUCUUGGGCUUCCAUGGUUUAUGCAGACUGCAAUUAUAAAUCCAGGUAGCACAGUUAAUGUCUAUAGCAAAGGUCUUACAUACUCAACUUUGUCUCUGCUGUCAACUGUUGUAUUUCUAGUGGUUACAACCCAUCUUAAUGGUUGGAAACUUGACAAGAAGUAUGGUGUCAUUCUGAUGGUACCUUUCCUUCACAACUAAUACAAACAAGAAACUAUCUGAUCUAAUAUGACAAAAGAGCUCUACUAAUUUAGGUAUUUCUGUGGGAAACACAUGGCUAAUAACUGCAGAUUUAAUUGUGCUUGUUAAGACUGAACAUCAUGUAGACACAUUUCCUGUGGUUGGGUUUCUGCUUACACUAACAUGAAUAUAAGAGCAUUUGCUGUACAUCUGGAAAACUGAGUGAGGUAUUUGUAAACUAAAAAAAAUCACAUUGUUUAACUUUGUUCUUAUUUUUGAGAGUCUGAAUAACUGUUGUUUCUUAUUAACCACAUAAAUGUGGCAAAAGCAUAUGUGUGACAUAUUGUAUGCCACAAAAAAUACAGUUCACUGUUAACCUUACAGAGAAACAAAAUUAAAUUCUAACACUAUUCAUGGACUAUAUAAUUCAAAUGUCAAAAUUAACUGUGUAAUUACUUUUGUAAGCUAAGCCAAACAAUGAAGGAAAACACAUUCGAUUAAUUUCAGUUGUGCUCUCACGCUGUUCUGUCAUGUAUUGCUCAAAUAAUAGUUCACAGAAUGAUUCAUGUCAUAGAAAAACAACUACUUAAAAUGUGCUUUUAUGAUACCCUAUGCAACAAUAACAGUCAUGUUAAAGAAAGAAACAAAACAGUUGAGAACCACAUUCCUUUUGUAUUCUGUAUUCUCUGUGCUCUCAGUUCCACAGCUAAUUACAUCCAUUUCUUUCCACCAAACAGCAUUUUUGUGUUUCAUUUAUCACGAUAUAAUGUUAAAAUGUCUUCAAGUUGCUUCUCUA